AUGUCUGAAGCCUCCAAGGAGGGUGUGGAGACCUGGGGGCUGCUGGUGUCAGGCAAGGCCUGCUUAACAACCAUGGACAAAAAGCUUAAUGUGCUAAACGAGAAGGUUGACAAACUCUUGCAUUUCCAGGAAGAUGUCACGGAGAAAUUGCAGUGUGUGUACCAAGGCAUGGGCCACCUGGAGCAGGGCCUACACCGCCUGGAGGCCUCUCACAUCCUGGGCCCAGGUGGGGCUGACCAUACUCCUCCAGCUGACGCACAGGCUGGGUGGCCAGAGGUCCUGGAGCUGGUGAGGAAUGUGCGGCAGGAUGCUGCCCAGCAUGGUGCCAGGCUUGAAGCCCUAUUCAGGAUGGUCGUGGCCGUGGACAAGGCCAUAGCUUUGGUGGGGGCUGUGUUCCAGAACUCGAAGGUGAUGGAUUUCAUCAUGCAAGGGAGUGUCCCUUGGAGGAAAGGAAGCCUGGCUGAUGGCUCUUCAGAGAACAAAGAUCGAGUGGAAGAGAAAGGAGCAAAACCAAAGCAUGUGCUGAGCACCAGAGCCGUGCAGGCCGAGAUCAGGGGGUCUCCGGAGGAGAGCCAGAAGGAAAACUUGCCAGAGGGGACAGUGGAGACGCUGACUCCCAUCAAUGCUUCAGGGAUAGGAUCUGAUCUUCUUACCCAGGAAGAGGCUUCACUAGGGCAGGCAGAAGUGCCCCCUGGCCACCUGCCGCUGCCCACAGAGGUGGAAGCCAAAGUUCCUAGAGCAUUCAUUGAGAACCCUGGGACUGACCUGGAAUUGUCUGCAGCACCCAACAGGGUCAAGGAGGCCCCAACCAGCCAGGAGACUUUACCCAGUACAGCACGAGGAUCAUCAUUCAGCAGGCCUGACUCUCGGCCCACAGAGGCAGGCAUGAGGCUGACUCCAGGGCUGCCAGUCCAGGCCAAGGCAGCUUACAGUGGUGUAGAAACACCUCCGAGGAUCUCCAUCCAUGUGCAGGAAACAGACACCCCUGGGGAGCUGCUUGUGACACGAGGGGGCAGCCUCAGACACAUACCCCCUGAGGAGGCUCCAGCAGCUGCCUAUCCAGGUGAGCAGGACCCACCUGGGCCCACUCCCCAGACCCCUGUGACCAAGUCAGAAAAACAGAUCCCAAAAGGAGCUGGAAAGAUUUCCCCACUGCGGAAGCAGAGCAGCGAUGAGGGAACAAAGGCAGAGGAGAAGCAGGGGCCUGGGGCUGAGUCCACCGUGGGACCAAGAGGGGCCAGGAGGAACAUGGGAGACCAUGCUGGAUCCCUGGGCUGGCAGCAGGACAAAGACCCAGGGACAGGACACCCUGAGCCUGGAAAGGACUGCACAUCCAGAGGCAUGGGCAGAGCUGAAGCAGGAAGGAAGACCCCCCUGGGAGCCGAGGCUGGCAGCGUGGUUCUGGAUGACAGUCCAGCCCCACCAGCCCCUUUUGAACACCGCGUGGUGAGUGUCAAGGAGACCGCGACCUCAGCAGUUUACACAGUGUGCCAGCAUGACGUCUUGGGAGGGGGCCGGUUUGGCCAGGUCCACAGGUGCACAGAGAAGUCCACAGGCCUCUCACUGGCAGCUAAGAUCAUCAAAGUGAAGAGUGCCAAGGACCGGGAGGAUGUGAAGAAUGAGGUCUACAUCAUGAACCAGCUCAGCCACGUGAACCUGAUCCAGCUCUAUGAUGCCUUUGAAAGCAAGAACAGCUUCACCCUCGUCAUGGAAUAUGUGGAUGGAGGUGAACUCUUUGACCGGAUCACAGAGGAGAAGUACCAGCUGACUGAACUGGAUGUGAUCUUGUUCACCAAGCAGAUCUGCGAGGGUGUGCAUUACCUCCAUCAGCACUAUAUCCUGCACUUGGACCUCAAGCCAGAGAACAUACUGUGUGUCAAUCAGACAGGACAUCAAAUUAAGAUCAUUGACUUUGGGCUGGCCAGAAGGUACAAGCCUCGGGAGAAGCUUAAGGUGAACUUCGGCACUCCAGAGUUCCUGGCCCCAGAAGUCGUCAACUAUGAAUUUGUGUCCUUCCCUACAGACAUGUGGAGUGUGGGGGUCAUUACCUACAUGCUACUCAGUGGUUUAUCCCCAUUUCUAGGGGAAACAGAUGCAGAGACCAUGAAUUUCAUUGUGAACUGUAGCUGGGAGUUUGACGCUGACACCUUUGAAGGGCUGUCAGAAGAGGCCAAGGACUUUGUUUCCCGCCUGCUGGUCAAAGAGAAGAGUUGCAGAAUGAGUGCCACGCAGUGCCUGAAACAUGAGUGGUUGAAUAAUUUGCCUGCCAAAGCUUCAAAAUCCAAAGUUUGUCUCAAAUCCCAAUUAUUAUUGCAGAAAUACAUGGCUCAGAGGAAAUGGAAGAAACAUUUCUACGUGGUGACUGCUGCCAACAGGCUAAGGAAAUUUCCAACUUGUCCCUAA